UUUUUGAUUUGUUGGUAUGACGCAGAUGAAGAAUCUGACCAAGGAAGAAUUUGUGCAUGUACUUCGGAGACAAAGUACUGGUUAUCCGAGGGGAAGUUCCAAGUAUAGAGGGGUGACCUUGCACAAAUGUGGUAGAUGGGAAGCUAGAAUGGGCCAGUUAUUGGGAAAAAAGUACGUUUAUUUGGGACUCUUUGAUACUGAAAAUGAGGCUGCCAGGGCUUAUGAUAAAGCUGCCAUCAAGUGUAACGGAAAGGAUGCAGUCACUAACUUCGAUCAAAGCAUUUAUGAAAAUGAACUUAAUUCAACUGAAUCUACUAAUAAGGCAACAGAUCACAGCCUUGACUUAAGCUUGGGUAGCUCCAGCUCAAAGCAAAGCAGCCGAGAAAUGGAGGAUACUAAUAAGGAUCAAAAUUCUUCUUCUUUGCAAUUUGAUGUUGAUUGGCGGCACCAAGGGUCCAGGCCCAAGCAGCAACCUAGUCCAAUUGAUAUCGAUGCCCGAAGAAGAAAUGGGUACAAUGAGACGGAAACAUUGCAACUCUUGAGCCAAACACACCUACAUUCUCCAGGCUCCUUGAAACCAAACAACAAUGAAAUGCAAAGGUUUGGCCAAUAUACGAGAGCUGGUGAACCCCAAAUGAUCCCAAUGUUUCCUCCACAGUUUACCUCGUCAAAUUACCAAGUUCAGUUUCCAAGCAGCAGCAAUAGAAGAGAGCUUUCAUUUUCUUCAAGUGAUACUCAACAAAGGCAAACCAAUAAUAAUGUUGCUCCUCCUCAGCUAUUUGCAACUGCUGCAGCAUCAUCAGGAUUCCCUCAGCGGAUGUUAAGACUUCAAAAUUGGUCUCACAAAAAUGGCUUUCAAUAUUCUCUCAUGAGACCCUCUAAUUAAUACUCUACAUAUACAGUAUUAAUUAAUACAUAUUAUAGUAUAUUCACAAGGGUUCUUGAUGGGAACCAGAGUUUAAAAAAAAAAAAAUAAAGAGGUUGGAAAGUUUUGGUAGAUUCCAACUCUUUGGAUAUAAUUGGUACAAAGCUAACUGAACGAAGAUGUUUUGAACUAGAUUUCUUUUGGAUACUUCUGACUAUAAGCUGCCAAUUUAUACCAUCAACAAGUACAGCUCUAAGUAAAUGUUUUUGUUGCCGUCUCUUGUGACUUAUGUUGUUAUUUACCUAUACAGAUUCUUAAUUUUAUUCGCUUAUUUUUGUCCUC